GGCAGCGAGAGAGAGACGGAGAGCAUAUUAGGCUUGGGGGAAGAAAAAAAAGUUAUAAAAUGUCCCUGUGUGUCCGAGGGACUGACUAAGAGAGAUGAGUGUAGACUGAAGUUGUAAGAGUGGGAUAGAAGGUGUGUGGCAGUUAGCAGGAAGGAGAAAGGAAGGGAGGAGAGGAGAGGAGAGGAGGGUGGGGGUUGGAGAGAUCAGGCAGGCUGGGGAGAGAAACAGCACGCUUAGAGGGAGAUACAGAGAGAGAGCAAAGAGGCGUUUAGAGUGUGAGAAGGAGGAGAGGCAGGAAUAGGAUGAAGGGAGGAAAAGACUGAGCAGUAGAGAGGAGGAAGAGACUUGCAGUGUCAAAACUGGAUAUUCUUACGUGCCUGUUUCCCUCUGAUCCAAUGAGUAAACUCUCAGAUACCUGCUACGGAAAGGCACCCGGCAAGAGAUCAGAGGAACCUUGUUGCUGAGGUUGGGAUAUCUGCUGGUGCUGUAGCCUGAAGUCGUGCUGUGAAGGUCCACUGUAGCACAAUCAAGAGCUGGAGAGUGGGCUGAUCCCCCUGGGAUGAUUAGAAUAUGAAUGACUGUCAGGUCCUGGACGUCUCCUCAGCCUGCACUAAGGUGUGUGGUGCUUCAGUACAAAAGCAUCAACAGUGAUCUGAUAGUGAUGCUGUGUACCAAUCUCCCCCUCUGUCUGCACCCCUCAUUCUCCCGUGAGGCCCAUGUGACCUAGCCAACACCCACACACAGGGGGCCCCCAUUGCUGCUGGAGCCCACCCAUGAAUCCCAGCCCUGACCGCAGCAAAGAGUGCCUCCCUCCAAAGAAGAGGGAGUCUCGACAAGGAUCCACAGAACACCACGUCCCUUUGGAUGAAUUUAAACCCCCCGUGCCGCUUCGGAGUCGGUCUAGCACUGGAAGAGGGGAGGGAGGGAGAGAAGCCAGUGACAGGGACAGAGUCCUCUCCAACCCAAACCUCCAUCCUCUACAUAGUCCACCUGUUCCUGCUCCAGCAACAGGCCUCCCAGUGCCCAUUCAAUGGCCUCUAGGCUACUCUCAGUCUGUUUCUCUACCCCUUUUCCCAGGGCAGGUCAGCGAAAGGAGGAGCUCAGGGUCUUCACCUUGGAGGGAAGAUGCUCUUGCCUCAACCUUACCUCAACACUCCAGGUGGCUUAGAGGGGAGAGUCCCCUCUCAUUGCCAUCCUCACCAUCUUCUUCCUCUUCUCCCUCCUUUAAGACUCCUUUCCCUGCCAGUUCUAGAGAGAUGUGGUCCUAUAUAAACAGUGGCCGACGGGACUACAGCUCCUCACUGUUUUCUCCUUCCUAUCUAUUUAGCCCUCCCUCUCUUUACCCCCAAGACCCAAACUUAAUUGAUUUGAGACCCAGAUACUUGAGCAAGAGGCCCAAUGGCUUGGAUGGGCCAGGCAGCAGGACUGCCUCAGCCUCUAGAACUUUGUUCACGGGAGAUUAUGGAAAUGACAGCAACCGAUCUAGGUUGAAUGCAAGUCCGCACAGCUCCCAUGCCAAUGGUGGACGGAGACAGCAGGAGGAUUUACUAUCCCGUGCCCACUCUGGAGGAGUAUUUUUGUCAGACUCACAAGCUCAGGAGAAUCCCGAGCCUCAUUCUUCACUGCAGGACAGACAUAUACGUGAAAAGGCCAGCUUCACUUUAAUCUCCGCCAGUUCCCAUCCCCUUGGACCAGAUCCCAAGACUGGCAGAGGUGGGCUUUCAGACUAUUUGGAGCCAACACAGACUGAGGCCCAAAUCUACUAUUCUUUGGGAUCCGUGCGUCAACCAAGCCCUCAGGCCCACCUCUACCCAAUCUCCAGCACCUCAGGACCACAUUCAUACAACCUGCAUAGGGAGCCAGGCCCCAGGCAGCACAAUCUGAGAAACUCACCACAUUUACCCCUUAGUUUGCCUAAUAUCCAUGAUAGGUCACAAAGUGUCCCAGAAAGGGACCAAGAAAGAGACAAGGUUCUACAAAGGGAGAGAGAACGAAAGAACGACAAAGACAAGCAACUACAACAGGACAAAGACAAUGAAAGAGACAGUGAGCGAGAGAGACAAAGUGAAAAAGAAAAAAGAAGAGAAUUAUCUCCUUCCCAUCUUCACACCUCUUCAUUGGUCCUUCAUCCAUCUCCCCCUGCACUCCUACCUCACUUCACCAAAGGGUCUCUGAUUGAACUGGCCAGUGGGCAGUUGAAGCGGGUGGAGGAACUGCGGACUGAGGACUUCCUGUGGAGUGCAGAUACAUCCCCAGAGUUCCACCUCAGUACCUGCACUGUCCUGCUUAUUUCCUCCAGCAGUACACAAGGCUUCAACAACCUGCAAGUCCACCUCACAGACCGAAACACUCAGGAGUUACUGAAGGUCUUGGUAGAGUACCCCUUCUUUGUGCAAGACCGGGGCUGGUCUUCUUGCUCUCCUCAGAGAACCACACAGCUGUAUGGUCUGCCUUGCCACCAGCUCACAGAGGGUGAUGUCUGCCUGGCCCUCACGCCCACACCCACCCAAACCCAUCGGACCCACAUCCGUACCAGCUCAAGAUCCCAACGCACACAGCUCCUCUCCAGGCCUGCAGCAGAGUCCAGCAGCUCGCACAGAGAGGAGAUGCCACCGCCUCCUCCUCCUCCCCCUCUUCCUCACCAACCGCCUCCUCCAGGGCCAGCUCCUCAGAGUGCGCCGGCAGCAGAGCCUCCUUUCAAAGAGCAGCAGCAGCAGCGUCCUCGCAAACGUCGUUGGUCUGCUCCGGACACCCUUCCCUCAACCGGAACUGAUGAAAACCUCUUGGAUUUACCUCGCGGCUCCAAGCUAAUGAAGUGGCAGUAGAAACUUGCACAUGCAUAAUUAUACACACAAAAGCACAUACACACCCUCCUUGUCUCUGUUGCACCUACCAAGACAAAUAAUGGAGAGACCUCAAGGUAGGGUUGCAGGGAAGGAAUUCAAAAUGAAACAGCAAACGUAAAUUGUAGUUGUUCCAUUUAAUCUACUCUGGUGUAAGUCCUGCUGAACCUUUCCUUCCCUUUCCUUCCUUUCCCUUCUCUUCUCUUCCCGUCCCUUCCCUUCUCUUCCCUUCCCUUCCCGGAGGAUCUCUGGAUGACUCCUUACAGACACACUGAAGAAAUUUAGUGAGACAAUCAAACACUUGUCUGUGUUCACUGUUUUUGUUAUGGUGUCCCACACACCUACUCAAUGAAAGUAUUUGCUGCAGGGUUCUCAAUCAGUGUUAUGAAAGUAAACGCUAUUGAAGAAGUGCAAAUAUGCGUAAAAAGAAAAAAUUGACUAUAUAUAUUAAAUUACAGGUGUUAUAUACAGUAAAUAUGCUACACAGAUUUAAUGCAAUCUCUGUCAAUCUUGCGAUGCAUUUUUGUUUUUUCUUUUGUUUUUUUUUUUAUUUCUUGCUUCUGAGCCGAUGCCUUCGUGUCGGCCUGAGCAGGCAAGGUGAAUGUAUAAGCAACUCUUCGCCUUUUUAUUCUCAUCACUGGGAGUCUUUUCAAGAAGUUCAUCAAGGCAUUACUCUCCAAUAUGUUUUUAACAUUAUCUCUGAGAAAGGGAGAACACUAAUGAAAACUGUGUAACAGACAAUCCCACCCACACAGGCAGUUCUGUGCUACAUCGCUCCAACACUCAUGGUGUUUUUCCAUUAAAAACUGAAUGAUGGAAAGAGUAAAACGUGCAGCAUGGCUGAAGAGUAAUGGUGCUACUAACACGUUGGAACAUGAUGCUUUGUGAAUACUCUUGACCCCUGUGUACUGUAUGCUUCUGGUCCCAUCUCAUUUUUUUAUGUACUGUAAAAGUUCGAAGGCAGGGAAAAUGAUGAAAGUAUUUUAAAUUCAGAUACGGGUAUAUCAUCUGAUUCAGCACUCUUUCUCACUUUAGUUUGUCUUUUUUUUAUUCUCAAUGAGAAAAUCUUACUUGUUGAUUUUUCUUUUUAAAUGUUACAGCUACAAAAAUGUAUAUUUUUAAAAAUUGUGAAUCUGUUAUAUGAUGUUCGCUAGAAAUAAAAGAGAAAAAAGCUUUAUAGAUUUAAUCACUGGUGUC